AUGGCGAACUGGAUUGACUUUGCCUCGUUGUUUAUCACACUAUCAGUAGCUGCCUCUAUCGUGGCAGGGCUGCUAUAUGUGGGCAGGGCGACCUCGCGGGCGGCCGAGAGGGCAAAAGAAUCACUCAAACACAAGGGCGUGAAUGUCUCGCGGGAGGGCGUCUCGGUCAAGACGAAUAAGCGGUGGGACCGCAGCGAUUACCUGGAUGCCACGCAGCGAGGGUUUGUGAAGGCGUACAACCUGUCGUCGCACGGCCCAGGCGCUGACGCGCGCUCACACUCCUCGGAGUCCGUGCAUAGCCUCCAUCUUCCUCACAGCCAUCAUGGGUCAGAAUCCGGAAAGAAGUGA